UUCAAUAAAGGACAGAACUGAUCCCGAUUUCAGAACAUAAACAAGUAUGGCGGAGUUCAAAAAAGUUCGAGCUAAGACAAUUAGAAAACGUCGACAUUCAUCAAGUGGCGACGACGAUUCUAACAACGAAGAUGAUGUCGGGUUAAAAAUGCAAGAUUUAAAGGAGAUACAGAAGAUGAGAACAAGGCCUAAUGGUGUGAGCGCAGAAACACUGUUAGUGGGAAAGGAACUCGCCACCAAACAAACCCCUAAAGAUAAUGACCCAUACAAAAUGGCUACUGGAGGAUUUGUAGAUAUGAAGGCUUUAAAAUAUAAACCAGUACAAGUGGAAGAUAGUGAAUCUAUAGGUACUGCGUUCGCUGCUGAAACGAACCGACGAGACGAAGACACAGAGAUGUUGAAGUAUGUAGAGGAUGAGUUGUCCAAGAGGAAAGGUCACCACAAGGAGGAGAUCACUGACAAGUCCAAAAAGCCGGAAAAUAAACUGUUUGCUCUACCAGAUAAUCUGAAAGUGGAAUCUAGUCGGAAAAGGACAGAAGACAUGUUGUCCAACCAGAUGUUGUCAGGUAUACCAGAGGUGGACCUGGGUAUAGAGGCCAAGAUCAGCAACAUUGAGGCGACAGAGGAGGCCAAACAGAAACUGCUGACGGAGAGAAUGAGGAAGAGAGAAAAGGAGAUAUCAGAUUUUGUCCCUACAAAUAUGGCUGCCAACUUUGUUCAGCACAACAGAUUCAAAAUAGAGGAUACCAAACCACUACUGAAGAAAGAAGAGGCGCCUCGCCCUGAGCCUGUCAGAGUCGGUGAUGUGGAGCGGCUACAGACUCCAAUAGGUGCUGAUGGCAAGUCAAAAACCGCUGAAAAAGCCACAGAUGAUUUUUACUUUGAAAAAUUCAAGAAACAAAUGAGAAGAUACUGAAAUUGAUCAGGUACAACUGACAAGUCAGCUGAUUUUCACAUCUUGGAGAUCUGUCGCUAAGUCUGCCUUAGAUUCUAUAGUAACGUGCAAGGUUAACUGUAUGAUAUUAAAUAAGUUAAAGAAUUGCUUACGUUGUACACGUGACCUUGAGAAUCAGAGUGGGCAUGAGUGACCUCAGCCAGCAGGCCUGUGCUGUAUGAAUACUGACCGCUCUGUCAUUGCUAACACCCAGGCAUCUUGUUGAACAAUAGAUUUUAUAUCAAGAGCUGACACUGUAAUGUGUGCGAGAUAUUAAAUGUACAUCAGAUAUCAAGGCAUUAGGUUUGUUCAAUGAUUAAAAAAUGAAUGACAUUUGUUGGCAGGUACAUGUACCUGCUCACAAAUGUCAUUCAUUUGUUAUCACUGAACAAACCGGAUGCCUUGAUAUCUGAUGUACAUUUAAUAUCUCACACACAUUGUACAAAUAUAUAUAGAAAACUUGAUCAUAUAGAUAACAAAUAACUCACAGAGCAAAUGGCCUUGGGAUGUUUUAUGAACUGGACGAUCACCAAAACAAGGUGUAAUGGACCAAAGCAAAGCUAAGGCCUAUAUACUUAUUUUGGGUCACUGACCAGACCCUGAUCUGUCAUAUGACCUGAACUUCUGUUCAGUAUUUUGUUAUGCUAUUCAAAAUCUUUGGUAGUCAAUGACCACAAAUGUGUAAAUCAACAAAAGACAUGUCUAAAUACUUAUUGUGAUGUCAGUAUAAAUAAAAAAAGCACAGAGCUAAUUGGUCAUAUGGGAAAUAGUGACUGUGUAGGUUUGCAAUGAAUGAAGAGUGGUCUGGAGUGUUUGAGCACCUGUGUGCUUGUAAGUACAUGAUCAACCCCUGAGGUCGGGGGUAAUUUGUGUUGGACCUGUUAACAAUUUUUUUUAAAAUUGUUUAAAUUAAGAAUUUGAUUUGACUUUGGCUAGGAAUGCUUCAUGCCAAGUUUUGUCAAAAUCCUGUCAGUCAUUCUAGACUAUUAUCUAUAGGCUAAUUGGAACAGUUGAUGGACAGGCGCUACCCUACAGCAUAAGCCCACAUCACUGAAGGUUCGGCAAGCUACAUGUGGAAAAGAAAGAAUGAUUGAAUGAAUGAAUUGAAGAGUGAAAACGCAAAGAAAUAAAUAUGAAAUUGAUAUUUUUUGUUAGAGGUUUUUAAUGUUAGAAUAUAGGAGGUUGAAAGCGUGCAAUUUGCUAAAGUGAAUGAUUUAUUGUAAGUGUAUGUGAUGGUCAGUCAUGUAAACAUACUUGUAUUAAUUCUUGUGUCAUAUGAAUAAAAUAAAAAGCUGAGUAAUAAU